AUGUCUAGACCAAAGCGCGGCGUUCGCUUCUCCCACAAGUCCGGCAACGGCAGCGGCUCAGAGGGCCGCCGGUCCAGCUUCAGCGACGUCAGCGAGGAUGGCUCUCCCACGCGCAGCAAGGCGCAUCUGACUCUCGAGACUGUCGACGAGAAACCGCCCACCGCCGAAGAAAAGAGAGCCGAGUACGAAAAGAAAGUGGCCAACUUUUGGACGCGGACGCUGUGGACCUUUGUCAUGAUUGGCGUCUUCUUUGGCGCCCUCUUCAUGGGCCACAUCUACAUGAUCACAAUCAUCACCGCCAUCCAGAUCAUCUCCUUCAAGGAGGUCAUUGCCAUUGCCAACGUCCCCAGCCGCGCCCGCUCCCUGCGAUCGACCAAGAGCCUUAACUGGUACUGGCUCGCCACCACAAUGUACUUUUUGUACGGCGAGAGCGUCAUCUACUACUUUAAGCACAUUGUCCUCGUUGACAAGGUCCUGCUCCCUCUCGCUACCCACCACCGCUUCAUCAGCUUCAUUCUCUACGUCUUUGGAUUCGUCUUCUUUGUCGCAUCCCUCAAGGCCGGCAACUACAAGUUCCAGUUCACCAACUUUGCCUGGACGCACAUGGCCCUCUACCUAAUCGUUGUCCAGGCCCACUUCGUCAUGAACAACAUCUUCGAGGGCAUGAUCUGGUUCUUCCUCCCCGCCUCCCUCGUCAUCACAAACGACAUCUUUGCCUACAUCUGCGGCAUCGCCUUUGGCCGCACCCAGCUCAUCAAGCUCUCGCCCAAGAAGACGGUCGAGGGCUUCGUCGGCGCCUGGGUCAUGACGGUCCUCUUCGGCAUCUUCCUCACCAACCUCAUGAAGCGCUCCAAGUUCUUCAUCUGCCCCGUCAACGACCUCGGCGCCAACAUCUUCACCGGCCUGCAGUGCACCCCCAACCCCGUCUUCCUGCCCGCCACCUACGAGAUCCCCCAGUUCUUCUUCCUGCCCCAGCACCGCACAAUCACCCUCACCUUUGCCCCCAUCCAGCUCCACACCUUUGUCCUCGCCUCGUUCGCCUCCCUCAUCGCCCCCUUUGGCGGCUUCUUCGCCUCGGGCCUCAAGCGCAGCUUCAAGAUCAAGGACUUUGGCGACUCCAUCCCCGGCCACGGCGGCAUGACCGACCGCAUGGACUGCCAGUUCAUCAUGGGCUUCUUCGCCUACAUGUACUUUCACACCUUCAUCGCCGUCUACAAGGUCGACCUCGGCACCGUGCUCGAGACGGCUAUUACCAGACUCGGCCCCGACGACCAGGUCGAGCUUGUCAAGAGCAUGUGCCGAUACCUCGGAAACCAGGGCAUUGUCCCCGAAGCUCUUGCGGCAUGUAUUGACCACGCCAUAGCGGCCAGCUAA